AUGUAUCAGCCAUACCGUGAAGAAAAUCCGUGCCAACAGUGCCAGAACGCAUGUAUGAACGAAUGUCAAGCGGCUGGGCAGCCUCAGCAACAGUGCCAACAAAUCUGCCAGCAGAACUGCCAAUCGGCUUGUGGACAACAACCGCAGGUUUACCAACCAUACGCCGAAAGUAACCAAUGCAACGAAUGCCAAAAUCAAUGCCAUCAGCAAUGUCAGCAGCAAGGCGCUCAGAACUGCGACAUGCAGUGCAACCAACAGUGCCAGUCCGUGUGCCAGACUACG